AUGUUUCCUAGCCCUGUGACAACGACACCCUUCUCGGUCAAGGAUAUUUUAAACCUGGAACAGCAUCAGAGCGGCCUGGCCUCCAUGGAGCUCUCCUCGCUGUCCUCCCCCUCCUGCAUGCUGGCCACCUUCAAGCAGGAGGCGUACAGCGCCGAGCCCCCGGCCCUGCCCGACCUGCGGGAGGAGCU